AGAGAGCGAGGGACGUGUUUGGCAGAGGGACGCGCUGUUCCGCUGUGCUCCCGGUUCAGUUUGUUUCUUGGCGAUGUUUCCAAGGGUCUCCGCGAUCCUACCUCUUCGCCCCCUCUCCCGCUUCCCUUUAUGCUCUGGAGGCUCAGAGGCACCGGCGGCUGCGAUUGUGCUACUCGGUGCUCCGCACGGAACGGUCAGGACAAAAAAUAAUGCCCAAAGAUAUUUUGGCACUAACAAUGUUAUCUAUAGCAAGAAAGAUGAGCAGUCUGCUCCAACACCUGAGAUUUCCAAAGAAACAGAGAGCCAAGAAAGUGUAAAGGAGAAUACAAAAAAAGACUUGUUAGGUAUUAUUAAGAGCAUGAAAAUUGAAUUAAGCACAGUAAAUGUGCAAACAACAAGGCCAUCCAGCAGAAGACAACUUAAGAGUGUGGAAGCUACAAUUGGCAGGCUUCAAAAAGCUCCGGAAGGUGUCCCAAAGAAGAGUGUCAGUAACAUAAUAUCAGAUAUGAAAGUUGCCAAAUCUGCUACAUCUAGGGUUAGUACAAGACCAGUGCAUCAAAUUCAGUUUGAUGAAGGAACUGACAAUUACAUGGGACAGAAGACUGAUGCUCUUAAGAAAAGAGGAAAAAGUGUUCUGGGUUUAGCAGUCUUAUGCUUUUCUAUACCAUUAAUCAAAUUGGGCCCUGCCUCCCAUUUAUCCAUGAUGAAUAGAGAGACAGCACCUUCACUUUGGGAAGUAGAAUUUGCUAAGCAGUUAGCCACAGUAAAUGAGCAGCCCCUUCAGAAUGGCUUUGCAGAGAUGAUCCAGUGGACGAAAGAGGGGAAACUGUGGCAGUUUCCAAUUAACAAUGAAGCAGGUUUUGAUGAUGAUGGUUCAGAAUUUCAUGAACAUGUAUUUCUGGAUAAACACCUGAAAGAUUUUCCAAAACAAGGACCCAUUCGCCACUUCAUGGAGCUGGUGACCUGUGGCCUUUCCAAAAACCCAUACCUGAGUGUUAAACAGAAGAUUGAACACAUAGAGUGGUUUAGAAAUUAUUUUAAUGAAAAACAAGACAUUCUAAAAGAAAGUGGCAUACAGUUCAAUUGAAGACCAUGAAAAUUUUUAUUUCAAGCUGUUGGUGAUGGAUAUUAUAACUAAAUAAAAUAAUUUUACUAGAA